GCGAAUGCAGGAGCAAUGGCUGGGGCUGGGUCGAGCGCCGAGUCGUCGAGCGGCGCCGGGUAGCGGAAGCCACCGGGUGCGCUUGCCGGGGCCUGCCCUGUGGACCCGCUGGACGCGAGCCUGCCAAGUGCCGAGGUGGCGCCGGAGGGAACUAACCCGGCGGAGGCCACGAGUCAGUCGGUGACUCACGAGCAUCGUGCCAGGCUCCGGCACCUCUGCUGCAGCUGUGGGCCUCGCGCUGGGCGUCCGGGUUCUACGCAGCAGGGCGCCUCUCCCGCCCGGUGCGUUGCUCCGGCGUGGGAUCCCGGAGCUGUCAGACUCAGCGUGCGGGUGAAUGGGGACCGGGGCUUGCAGAGGAACUCUAUUUUAAGAAACUCUCAAGUAAAAAGAAGCAAGUCAUGGAGAAGAACGGGAACAACCGAAAGCUCCGGGUUUGCGUUGCCACCUGCAACCGAGCUGACUACUCCAAACUGGCCCCGAUCAUGUUCGGCAUCAAGACAGAGCCCGCGUUCUUUGAGUUGGACGUGGUGGUGCUCGGCUCCCACCUGAUUGACGACUAUGGAAACACAUACCGCAUGAUUGAGCAAGAUGACUUUGACAUUAACACCAGGCUCCACACGAUUGUUAGAGGGGAAGAUGAAGCGGCCAUGGUAGAGUCGGUAGGCCUAGCGCUCGUGAAGCUACCGGACGUCCUCAAUCGCCUGAAGCCCGACAUCAUGAUUGUUCACGGAGACCGAUUUGACGCCCUUGCUCUGGCUACGUCUGCUGCCUUGAUGAACAUCCGCAUCCUUCACAUUGAAGGAGGCGAGGUCAGCGGGACCAUUGAUGACUCUAUCAGACACGCCAUAACAAAACUGGCUCACUACCAUGUGUGCUGCACUAGAAGUGCAGAGCAGCACCUGAUCUCUAUGUGCGAGGACCACGACCGCAUCCUGUUGGCAGGCUGCCCUUCCUAUGACAAACUGCUCUCCGCCAAGAACAAAGACUAUAUGAGCAUCAUUCGGAUGUGGCUAGGCGAUGAUGUAAAAUGUAAGGAUUACAUCGUUGCCCUGCAGCAUCCCGUGACCACUGACAUUAAGCAUUCCAUAAAGAUGUUUGAGCUAACACUGGAUGCCCUGAUCUCGUUUAACAAGAGGACCCUAGUUCUGUUUCCAAAUAUCGAUGCAGGCAGCAAGGAGAUGGUUCGAGUGAUGCGGAAGAAGGGCAUCGAGCAUCACCCCAAUUUCCGUGCAGUCAAGCACGUCCCGUUUGACCAGUUCAUACAGCUGGUCGCCCACGCUGGCUGCAUGAUUGGGAAUAGCAGCUGCGGCGUGCGAGAGGUUGGCGCUUUCGGAACACCCGUGAUCAACCUGGGCACAAGGCAGAUAGGAAGAGAAACCGGGGAGAAUGUUCUUCAUGUCAGGGAUGCUGACACCCAAGAUAAAAUAUUGCAAGCACUACACCUCCAGUUCGGCAAACAGUACCCUUGCUCAAAGAUAUAUGGGGAUGGGAAUGCUGUUCCAAGGAUUUUAAAGUUUCUCAAAUCCAUUGACCUUCAAGAGCCACUACAGAAGAAAUUCUGCUUCCCCCCUGUAAAGGAGAACAUCUCUCAAGACAUUGACCACAUCCUGGAAACUCUGAGUGCCUUGGCUGUUGAUCUUGGCGGGACAAACCUGAGGGUGGCAAUAGUUAGCAUGAAGGGUGAAAUCGUUAAGAAGUACACUCAGUUCAACCCUAAAACCUAUGAAGAAAGGAUUAGUUUAAUCCUGCAGAUGUGUGUGGAAGCUGCCGCGGAAGCUGUGAAACUCAAUUGCAGAAUUCUGGGAGUAGGCAUCUCCACAGGUGGCCGCGUGAAUCCCCAGGAAGGAGUUGUGCUGCAUUCAACCAAGCUGAUCCAGGAAUGGAACUCCGUGGACCUCAGGACACCCCUCUCCGACACCCUGCAUCUCCCCGUGUGGGUGGACAAUGACGGCAACUGUGCCGCCAUGGCAGAGAGGAAGUUCGGCCAAGGAAAAGGACAGGAGAACUUCGUGACGCUCAUCACGGGGACAGGGAUCGGUGGGGGGAUCAUCCACCAGCACGAACUGAUCCACGGCAGCUCCUUCUGCGCGGCGGAGCUCGGCCAUCUCGUGGUGUCCCUGGACGGUCCUGACUGCUCCUGUGGAAGCCAUGGGUGCAUCGAAGCGUACGCCUCUGGAAUGGCCUUGCAGAGGGAAGCAAAGAAACUCCAUGAUGAGGACCUGCUCUUGGUGGAAGGGAUGUCAGUACCAAAAGACGAAGCUGUGGGUGCCCUCCAUCUCAUCCAGGCUGCCAAGCUGGGCAACGUGAAGGCCCAGAGCAUCUUACGAACAGCUGGAACUGCUUUGGGACUUGGGGUUGUGAACAUCCUCCACACUAUGAAUCCUUCCCUGGUGAUCCUGUCUGGAGUCCUGGCCAGUCACUACAUCCACAUCGUGAAGGACGUCAUCCGCCAGCAAGCCUUGUCCUCCGUGCAGGAUGUGGACGUGGUGGUCUCAGACUUGGUGGACCCGGCCCUGCUUGGCGCAGCCAGCAUGGUUCUGGACUACACAACGCGCAGGAUCCACUAGGUCUCCCGGGAACGGACACGGACAGAGACUCGGGAGCUGCUUAGAGUGGAACCAUGCUCUUCUAGAUCAGUGUUUCUGCGAAGGCAAAUUUGGGGGGAGGGCUGCUGAGACAGCUCAGUGGUUAAGAGCCUGCCCUGCUCCUGCCAGUCCCCAGCACCCAUGUCAGGCAGCUCAGCUGCCUGGAAGCCAAGCUCCAGGGGACCCAAUGCCUCUCUGCCGGGGGCAGCUGCACUCAGAUGUACAUACCCCUCUCCACACACAUACAAAUAAAGCUUAUUUUUCAAAAGGCAAACUUGAUAUCUGGUCCCAGAAAUACCAGAAUCUCUCUAUAAAAGGGAUUAUCAGAAUGGCUCACAGGCUGUGGUUCAGCUAGUCCAACAGUGGCUGUCUUGCAAGGGACAGCCCAAGAGUCCUGUUCAGUGCCUAGGGCUGGAUGUCUCAGCUGGUCUUCAGUACACGUCAGACUCGUGCAGCAGGCUUUAAUAACCGUGAAUGGAAAGCAAGGGCCACCAGGCAAUAGCAAUUGCUUCCUUCUUCCUUGUACUUUACAGAAGCUGUCACCGAAAGGUGUGGCCCCGAUUAAAGGUGGAUUUUCCCACCUCAAAAGAUGUGGAUCAAAAGUGGACCUUCCUACUUCAAAGGAUUUAAUUAAAAAUCUCUCCCAGGUGUACCCAGCCUCUUAGGCUUUAGUUAAUUCCAGAUGUAAUCAAGUUGACAACCAAGAAUAGUAUCACACCUUUCAAAUCCACUUUCCCCAUGAGCUUUCGCCAAGGCUGCUCUGAUAGGGUCAUCUCACUGCAAACCCUGCUGUGGGUUCCAGGGACACUUCCUGCACCAAAAGGAGCAAUAGCACCUGACCCAGAAGACUUAGGACUCCUCAUAGACCUCGGGAUGCUAGCUAGCAUCAUGGGAAGGCUUAGUUUACUAGUCCUUCCUCAGACCACAGAGAGAGCCUGUCACACAACAGAAGACAAGCUCACCAGAAAUGCCCACUCACUUUGAUUUUUUUAGCAACAUAAUACAUUUCACAACUUUUCAAGAAGGCAUACUCCUGUUAAGUAGCCACCACCAGCCAAGGGAUUGGACAGAUGUGUCACCGCACCCCGGGACAGGACAGAUGUGUCACCGCACCCCUGUGUCUGCUGAGAGAUGCUUUACUUGAGGAGUUUGUGAGAUACUUUAGACUGGGGUCCAAGUUAUGACGGCCUUAGUGGCUGUCCUUAUCUUCCCAGAGAUUGCAGGCAGGCAGGCCGGCCUCAGAGCUUCUGGAAAGAAAGCCUUUCACUGCUCUCUGUGUCCCAGAAUGUCAGCAUACACAUUUACGUGUACUUUGUGACACCUAAAGCCCAGAGCCAUGGAUCUGGAUUUGGACUACAUUAUUGUCUUUUUGAUGUGUUUGUUUUCGAGACAGAAUCUCGCUUGUCUCUGUAAUCUCGCUUGGUUCAUCUUAAACUUACAGCAAUCCUCCUGCCCCCGCUUCCAGAGUACUGGGAUUAUAAACAAUCAAUCACCACACCCAGCUUAACAUCUGCUUUUUCUUGGAUGACAAAAUAUAAAAGUCCUCAGUUCUGCCUACCGACUGUACCCUGGAGUAAGCACCCACACGUGCCAGUGUAUCAGUUACCUUCUGCUGCUGUGAUGGAAGUGACCAAGGCAACUUACAGAAGGGAGAGUUUCAUUAGCUUACAGUUCUAGAGGAUUCAUAAAGGCAGGGAAGGCACAGGAACAGGAAGCCAGGGCAGGGAGCUUGAGAAACCACAUCUUCAACGACAAGCCAACAGCAGCAGAAGUGAAUGCAAAUAGGGCAGGCCACGGACUCACCCAGACUGCACCAGCAAACAGCACCACUGAGGAGCACGUACCGACAUACCUGAGCCUACAGAGACAUUCCCAUUCAAACUGCAUCCACUCCUGACUCCCAUAAACUCAUGGACGUACCGCCAUGCAAAGCAGUCAGUCAGUCCACCAUUCAAGUCCCCGGAGCCUAACAGUCUCCAUACUAAGCACUACGUUUCUUCUGAGACGUAAGGGGACCUCUCAACGACGACGUCCUGGUAAACCCACAAUGGCAGAGUAUACAUUUUGCUUCCAAAGAGAGCAGUGGAAGCAUGGGAAUAGGGGCAUGAAGAAUGGGGCACGGAAGGAAUUAGGGACACAGUGGGAAAGAGGCAGGGAGAACUCAGCAGGACAAACUCCAACCCUGCAGCUUCAUACCUAUCGGGGCCAUGAGUGUCAAAGGGCUUAGAGGUUCAGCCCUCCAGCUUUGCUGUCUGUCGCCUACAUACUUGCCGGUCUUGGGCUGGUUCUAUGCAGCCCUUUAACCAGUGGUUCUCAGCCUCCCUAAUGCUAUAAUCCUUUACUAUAGUUCCACGUAUUUAUUAAUACAACUCAUGUUGUGGUGACCCACAACCAGAAAAUUACUUUGCUGCUAUUUUGCUAACUGUACUUCUACUGUAAUGAAUCAUAAUGUACAUAUGUGAUAUGCAGGAUAUGAUAUAUGCCCAUGAAAAGGAUCUUCCGACCCCACAAAGGGGCAACGACCCACAGGAUGAGAACUGCUGCCGUCAAUCAUCACCUGGGUCUGGUUAUUAUCCAGGCCUGGAGCAAAGGAUGCCCACGAAGCGGUCAUCACUCACCAGUGGGUCACCCUGUAAUCACUGCAACCAAACAACUGCACUGUUACCACGCUGUGAGCCAUGUAUUUGAAAGGAUAAUACCAAACUGAAAACCAAAUCCUGGUUUUAAUCAACUCUGUGGAAAGUGUAAUAUAUUCUGACAAAAUAUAUAUGGUGAAACUGUCUCAAUUUGAAUAAAUAUUUUUAUUGCAAUUCUGAACCAAUUUUAAAAGAAAAGAUACACUUCCUUGUCCAAGUCUUACAGUGUGCUUACCAUCACCUCUGCCAAAAUCAUAAAAUCAUUUCUUUUCCCAAAAGAGCUCUGUAUUUGUGGCCCUGCUUUAUCAUUAUCUAAUUUAUGUUAUCAAGUGCCACUGCUUUCUGAACCAAGGGAAAAGGAGCUAUUAUAAAGGACCAUUAUUAAACUA